AUGUUUUUCCGGAUUAUACUAUUAUUUUCUAGUUUUCUUAUAUAUUUUCAAGUUUCGGCUGGAAAUGUUGUAGUUUGUAAAGAUAUUAAGGACUGUAAAACUUGUGCUGAAAGCUAUAUUCAUGUUCUUGGAUUCAAAGAAGAAUGUAGAUGGUGAGAUUUUUCAAAUAAAACUUUUAAGUUUUUUAAAAUUCAAAAAUAGGAUCCGUUUUUCAGGUGUAUCGAAAGUAAAUCAUGUGGUGGACCAUAUUCUUGUCCAAUUGGAAAACCUUUUAUUCAAAAAGAUCCAUUCAAGUGUCCAAUUCCGGUAUGAAAAAAACAUAUUUUUUUAUUGAUCUCUCAAUAUAUUUUACAGUAUCGCCCAGCUUCUGGAAAACGAUAUACCGAUGCUCUUGGUAGAUCAAUUUAUGCAGUUGCAAUUGCAGUUCGUGACAAAAAUAUUACAAGUUGUCUAGGAAAUGUUCGACCGGAUAUUACACUCACUAAAUCUUAUGAAGUUGAAUGCGACGGAGCUGGAAAUUUGUGUAAAGGACUUCUUGCAAAAUCUGAAGAAGCCAAAGCCAUUUAUGUUUCUUAUAAAGGAAGUACUUUUGGAAAACAAGUUUUCGCUGAACUUUUGCAUGGUUUGACAGCACAAUUAGGAGCUUGGGAAAAGUUCGAAUCAACUGAAGCUGGUGUUAUCACUUAUUUCCAUACCGCAUUUUAUCGAUUAUUCAUUGAUAGUGGAAUGAAAGACGAUUUACUUGAAUUGAUGAAGAAACAUAAAAAUUACAGAGUUUGGGUAAGAAAAUUCGAUAAUCAACAUGUUAUUUCAAAAAAUUGAAAUUAUUUAAGCUAACUGGGCAUUCACUUGGUGGAUCACUUGCAACAAUGACAUCACUUCAUUUGGUAAAAGCUGGUGAAAUCGAUAAAAAUCGAAUUCGUCUUAUUACUUUCGGAGAACCAAGAACUGGAAAUUUGGCAUUUGCUAAAGAAGUUGAAGAUAAUGUUCCAUUCCGUUAUCGCGUUGUCAAGAAAAAUGAUCCAGUAACAAAUAUGCCAGCAGCAACUCCAUUAAAUAUGUUAACAACUUCUCUUUAUAAUCGACAACCUCUUCAUUAUCGAUACAUGGUUCAUUAUAAUGGACCAAUGUUCAAAGGAGAAUCUUUCAAGGUUAGUUUCAGAUAAUUAAGGUAGCAUCUCGAGAUUUCAUUUUAUUUUAGGUAUGUGAAGUAUCUGAUGACAGUGCUUGCCGAAAUGUUGCUCUGUCUGAUAUUUCUGAUCAUACUACAUAUUUCCAAAUCGAUCAAGAUGAUUUUGUGAAAAACGGUUGUCCAAGAAACGAACUUAUUUAA